GAAAAAGAAAAAAAAGACAAAAAAGAGAAAAAAAAAAAAGGAAGAUGAAGAGUGGAACAGGCGAAGAGUUACCCAGGAAGGAGGCUAACGUGCUCCGAGGGCAUGAGGGAGCCGUUCUGGCCACCCGCUUCAACAGCGACGGCAACUACUGCCUCAGCUGCGGCAAAGACCGAACCCUCCGUCUCUGGAAUCCCCACCGCGGCAUUCAAAUCAAGACCUACAAAUCCCACGGCCGUGAGGUCCGCGACGUCCACGUCACCUCGGACAAUUCGAAGCUAUGCUCCUGUGGUGGUGAUAGACAGAUCUUCUAUUGGGAUGUAUCAACUGGACGUGUGAUUCGAAAAUUCCGUGGUCAUGAUAGUGAGGUGAAUUCUGUAAAGUUCAAUGAGUAUGGAUCCGUGGUAGUAUCAGCAGGGUAUGAUCGUUCAGUGCGCGCAUGGGACUGCAGAUCUCAUAGCACAGAGCCAAUACAGAUAAUCGAUACAUUUUCCGAUAGCGUGAUGUCUGUUUGUUUGACAAAAAGUGAAAUUCUUGCUGGAAGUGUUGAUGGAACCGCUCGCACAUUUGACAUUCGUAUUGGUAGAGAGCUUGUUGAUGACUUGGGACAGCCUGUCAACUGCAUUUCAAUAUCAAACGACGGAAACUGCAUGCUAGCAAGUUGCUUAGAUUCUACUCUAUACCUUUUGGAUAGUCUUACAAGAUGGACUGUUGCCUUACGAACACUGAUGCUUAUGUUGCUGGUGGAUCUGAGGAUGGUCUCAUUUUCUUUUGGGAUCUGGUGGAUGCAUCGGUGGUUUCAACUUUCCAAGCACAUGCUUCAGUGGUAUACUUUUACUCUUAGCAUAUAGUGGUUGGCAAGGUAACAAGCGUGAGUUAUCACCCGAAGGACAGCUGCAUGAUUACAUCUUCUGUUGAUGGCACCAUUCGAGUCUGGAAAACAUGAGCUGAUCAACCUUUUUCUUGGUGACACUUUUGCCUUGUAUUUGCAUGCAGGUAUUCAUGCACUUCCACAUAUCUGCAAACACACAUGUAUGUCACAAGUUAUAUACAUGGUGUUUUGCUAGCCCCAACUUCUUGGCGGUGUUAACAACACUACCAAAGCUUUGAAAUGACACGAUGGAUGACCUAUCCUCGAUUUGAACCAUUUGUUCCUUCAUUCAACUAGGAGCAGCAAUGGUUAAAAAAUCACGCCAAUGAUAUGACCCCAAAAAUCUGAUCAGUAGCAUGAUCAGAAAAAAAGGUCCAAUAAUCAUCUUGGAACAUUUAUUUGAUAGAUCCCACUUUGUAUUGCUUAUGAUUUCAAAGCAGUACUUUGAUGAUUCUAACCAUGUGAUGUCACGUAAACAAUGGGCAGUUGUAACAAAUUAGCCCCAUUCAAAGGGUAAGCAUCAUUCAAUUGGUGUGAUUCUUGCA